AUGGACGGCAAGCCAACGAUUGUUGUCAGCAUUGUUGCUGGAGCGACCGCGGGAGCCGCUGAGACGUUAAUCACUUACCCAACGGAAUACAUCAAGACGUGUCGACAGCUGCCUCCUCAGCCAUCAGGGUCAAUCCCCGGGUUACUCGCGCACCGCCCAAAGACCUCUCUCCAAGUGCUUCGUCACACCUUGGAGACCUCUGGGCCUCGCGGUCUCUACUCGGGCUGCUCCGCGCUUGCACUCAGUAACGCGGCAAAGGGCGGCAUUCGUUUCAUAUCAUUCACACAAAGUCAAGCAUUCCUUCGGAAAACGCCAUUUGGUGAAUCGAAUCCUGGCCUGAGCAACGUCCUUGCGGGACUCACAGCGGGGGCGACCGAGUCGGUACUGGUUGUCACGCCCGGCGAAGCGUUGAAGACCAAAAUCAUCCACGACCGCUCUGCCGCUGGUGGAGGUAGACUGGGCCUCAACAAUCUGAACCUGGCGCAGGCAACUGUGCGGAUAGUCCAAUUGGACGGCCUCAGAGAAUUGUGGAGCGGGUUGGGGCCCGUCUUGUGUAAACAGGGAACGAACAGCGCUGUGAGGUUCGCAACGUUUGGGUGGGUCCAGGACAAGAUACGGCAAUCAUGGGAUAUGGAUGGUGUCGGUGCUACCGUCACGGCGGGUGCGCUCAGUGGCGUUGUGACGACAUACGCUUCGAUGCCAUUUGACAACAUCAAAACCCGGAUGCAAAGUCUGGGAUCUACCAAGUCUGUUGGCAUGAACAGAUUGGCGCUUUCGAUGUUGAAGACGGAAGGUCCGCUUGUAUUUUGGCGGGCGACAACCCCCCGGCUUUUGAGGUUGACAGUAAGUGAGAACAAUCUAUUUCUACACAGCAGCCGAACUGACGAUGAUCUCAAGAUGUCAAGCGCAAUCACCUUCACGGUGUUUAAUCAGAUAGUCGCCUUUGCAGCCCAUUGCAAAGAGCAGACCUGGAACAAGAAAUUCAAGGAUUACAUCUGA